AGCUACUAAGCUUUUUAAAGACAAACAAAUAAAGGAGUGUCUUAUCUACGAUGAAGAGCUUCUGAAAUCAAAUACGAACUAUGGCAACAAAAGAGGUUUAUUAUUUCACUGUUUAAUUAAAUAUUUUUAUUACUGGGCAAGCACUGACGUGUCAUUUGUAGUUUCAGUAUUGUAAAAGAUAUUUUUGAAAAUACAAGUUAGAAGAAAAAGUUUUGUAUAUAUCUUAUGACCUAAAAUAUUAAAUAACUUUAACCGUUUACUAUAUACUUGGUUUGGAAAUUCAUUGUUUUACAGAAAGCCAUAUAUUGCAUUUGCUUCAUAUAAAGGCUGUUUGAUGAUAAGUGUAGCAUUGCAGAAAGGAAACAUAACACCGAAAAAUUUCAAUCUAAAAAGUACUCGAUUGAUUGUGCUAAGUAUUUUCAAGUUUCUGUAAUAAAAUGGCUUUAUCAAAAGUUGAGCUUGCUGCGUUGUUGGAAUGCAAGAUUUGUUUGGACACCUAUCAUGAGCCUAAACAACUGAACUGCGGGCACACUUAUUGUCAAGGUUGUCUAGAUGGUAUUUUAGUAUUUAUGGAAGAUGGGAGUGCUGAACUGCCUUGUCCAGUGAGGUGUACUAAAAAGACGACAAUUACUCAGGAACAAACAACAUCCUCGUUAAUGAAGGUGUUCACAUUAACUGGCAUUUUGGAAAAAGUCUCCCCUGGUGAAAAAGUUAAUUCUUUAUGUCAGCAAAGUAAAGACUGCAACCAGAUGAUCAACUAUUCCUGUACAACAUGCAGUUUAAAGAUCUGUGAGAAAUGUCAAAACCUUCAUUCUUGUUCCAAAAAAUCAUAUAUCAAUGUCAUUUUCAGUCAAAAAUUGCAAGAACUCCAACCAUUUUGUAAGCAACAUGACUCGCUUGCAAAAUUUGCCUGUAUUGAUUUUGAAAAUUUGUUAACAUGUGUUUAUUGCAAACACCGACAACAUAAGAAUCACAGAAUUAAAUCGAUAGAUGAUUUUGGCCUGGAAGCCAAAAAGUGGUUUCAGUCGUUUAUUACAUCAUUCAAUGAAACAAAAGUGGUGUUGGAAAAGUUAACAAGAAAAUACAGUGACGCUCUAACAAAUUUGGAGAAAGAAAGGGAAGUAUUUGUUCAAAAAUUAAAAGAAAGAAAGUUAAAGCGACUAGACGAAUUUCUCAAAAUAUUAAAUAAAGAAGAAGAAGAUCUAUUGCGGAUAUUCGAUGAGAAAUCUGAAGAAUUUAAAGCAAAAUUGAUUUGUGAUGGUUUUGUCGACAAUAAGAAAGUACAAGAAUUUACAGAUUACGUUCAAGCUUUUAAUUUAAAAUGGCUAUCCUCGUUUCCAAGAACUAUCCCAACAUUCAAUUCACAUCUUUAUCAAAUGAACAAAGCAGAUAUUUUGUCAAAUCCAUUGGGCGAAAUAAAUAUUUCAAUAGAUGACGUCACCACUGUUGGUGUAGAUCCCAAUGAAUGUUCUGUUUAUAGAAACUUGAUUGAUGAAGUUGAAACCCAACCCAACUAUUCCCAAUUAACAACUGAUCUAAUGAACUUAGUUGAAAGUCUGAAAAAGUAUGAGAAACCAAUUGUAAUCCUUCUUCUGGAAAACAACAACAGAAGGAGUGAUGCAAAGCCAAAAUAUUUCCAGCUUGCUAAGAAGAGUUACUCUUUUGAAGAAAUCGAAAAUAUCAUUAUAAAUGGCGAUGUCAAGACAUUUCAAUCAAUUCUUAUGGAUCAUCCAAGUAUCGUUAAAAUGAGAGGUGUUUAUGAAACAACACUUUUGAUGAAAGCAGCACGUUACAAUAAACCAUCAAUAGUGAAAUGUUUGAUUGAUGCUGGUAGCGAUGUGUAUGCUGUGAAUAUACAUAAAUGGAAUGCAUAUCACUACAGUGCAAGUUAUGGUCAUCAUGAUGUUUUGAAAGUUGUAAUUAAUCAUGACGUAACAAACAUUAACAAUGACACACCAUUACAUCUUGCAUCUCGUAAUGGUCACACUGAUUGUGUGAAGUUGUUGUUGUCUAUACCACACAUCGAUGUCAAUAUACGUAACACAUGGAACAAAACUGCUUAUGAUGGUACUCGUAAUAACACUAUCAAACGUUUAUUGCAAGAACAUUACAGAAAUUAAGAACAUUUUCAAACAAUUAUACUUUUUUAAUUUACCUAAGCAAAUUAUGAAAAGCAUAUAUCGUCUUUUUUAUUAGAACUAUAGGUUAUUGUAGAAUAGAUUUCUUAUUUAUUUCAUAAAUAUACGUUCACAAAUUUCAAAAUGUGAUUUAUUAAGCAGAAGAAGGUAUAAUUUAUCAAAUACAAAAAAUUUAGCUGGGAUGUGUCAUCUUUACUAACAGUGAGUAAAACACCUCACUAAUAUGACAAACAGGACGGUUUGCGAUUUGUAUCAGAAAUAACCCUUAGAAAAAACAUUUUAAACAGAAUUUGUUUUAAGAAACACCACUGGCUUUUUCUGGACUUAUCGCCAAAAAUUUAAUUUAAACACCCUAGGGUUUGCCGUUAUGUGUUAUAUGUUUUGUUAAGUAUUGUUUUAUACAUCCUCGGUGUAUUAUAUAGUUUUGAAAAUUAUAUUUAAAAAAACUUUUGAAAUAAUUGUAUCAAUUUACGUUGAUAAUGUCUUGUAGUAACAAGACGAAAUAUCCGUUAAAAUAAAAAAAGAUGUCAUCA